GCUGAGACGAAAUGGCGGCGUCCAUAUCGCAGCAACUCGAGGAGCUCUUAAAUCCUUUACCGGCGUUUCUGGACCCCGAGGACGACCAGGAUGAAGAGACUAAAGCCAAGGUGGUGGAGAAGUUCAACGAAGGGGAAAAUGAAGACGAAGAUGGCGCCGUCAGCGGAUUGCGGAAGCGUGCUUCCGCUCUGUUGUCCGAAACAGAUCGCCGGUACUGGGGGAAAGCUACAUCACGGGAGAAGCUGCGCAGGGAGGCGGAAGGAUCUGGAAUGGAAAGUGAGGAACUGGAGGAGGAUGAUAUGGAGGAAGAAGACGACGGUGAUGGCGACACCUGUGAUGAUGAAGAUGAUGGGGAAGAAGAGGAGGAUGAGAGUGUUGCAGGUAGCGAUGAGGACAGCCCCCAGAUGAAGACCCUGGUGAAGAAGAUGAAAGGGGCAGACAUUACCUUCCCCAGCGAGACAGACUUUCACAAGUUAACCGAAGGAAUGGAUGAUAUUGGAGACAGUGAGGAUGAGGAGGAUGAGGAGGAUGAUGAGGAAGGAGAUACAGGGGACGAGGAAGAUGAAGAUGAAAGUGAUGUGCACGAUGAUGAGGGUGAUGAAGAGAUGGAGAAAGGCGAUGCGGACAAAGACGACAGCGACGUGAUGACGUUUUACAAAGACAAGGUUGACGAGGAGGUGGAAAAAGGGAAAGCGGUCAAAAAUCAACUUGCACUCUGGGAUCAACUUCUGGAAGGACGAAUCAAAUUGCAGAAAGCUCUGGUGACGGCCAAUCAGCUGCCGCAGCCACAGACCUUCCCCCUGUUCAAAACUAGGGGUGGAGCCGACUUCACCGGAGCCUUAAAGAACAGUCACAAGGCCCUGAAGGCCUUACAGAGAUCCUUGAUGGAGCUACAGGACCUCCUCUUCCACCAGAACCCAGACACCCGCCCUAUUGCUCUGGGGAAGGCAGCCACGCGCAGUGAAGAUGAGGAGGAGCACUCUGAUCAGGAGGGAGAGGAGGAGUCGGUGGCACAGGAGCAACGGCAAACGCUUCCGAAGCGUAAGAUGGCCAUGGUGGAUUACCCUGACUUCAUGGCCAAACGCUUUGUUGCCUUCCAGCCGUACCGCGACGCCACGCUGCAGAAGUGGCACGACAAGACCCGCCUCGCCAUGGGCAAGACAGGCAAGGGCUUUGCUGCCUUUGACCGGAACAUCCUGACCCAGGUGGAGCAGGUCCUCACCGACUCGGAGCGGCUCAUCCGCCGUACCCAGACAAAGCGCUCCGAGUACAGGAUCCUGGGCAAGCCUGACACUGACUCCGCCCCUGUCCCUACCCCUGCCAGUGGAGAGGGGGAAGAGGUGGGGCUGAAAGCCAACAUCCAUCUCAAAGAUGUGGAUGAGGAGAUCUUUGACGACGACGAUUUCUAUCACCAGUUGUUGAGGGAACUGAUCGAACGUAAGACGAGCGCCGUUGACCCCAACGACCAGGUGGCUAUGGGCAGGCAGUGGCUGACCAUCCAGAAGCUACGCAGCAAGAUCAAGAAGAAAGUGGACACCAAGGCGAGCAAAGGGCGCAAAGUCAGGUUCCAUGUGCACAGCAAGCUGGUGAACUUCAUGGCACCCAUUGACCACGACUCGAUGAACGACGACGCGCGAACGGAACUCUUCCGCUCGCUCUUCGGGAAGACCUCCCCAGCAGAGGAUGCGUUGGCGCGGGAUUGAGGCUCCGCCUGUGACGCUAUACUUCUCCCGCCGGACCCCCAGCAGGACACUCGAGGAGCACUCUGACUCUUCUUCGCCUCAGUUGUCCUACUUAAGGCUCCGCUCCUCCGCAGUCACCCAGUUGUCACCCCGAGCAACAGAGCGCUGCGGAAACCGAACGCCUCCACGGUACCGGUGGAGCGCCGAGUCCUCCUCAGUCCCACAAGGCCUUGCUGUCCUAUUUCGGCGCUCCCCAUCCUGCCGCACCACAGGUUACCCCAUGUUGCUGCAGCACGGAGGAGGAGGAGGAGGAGAAACCUGGCUGCGUUUCCAGUCUGCUUGGCUGCGGGACGUCAUCUCGUCCGGUGGUCGCCUUUUGUUACGCUGUUUAAUUUCCCCCCGCUUUUUUUUUGUCGUUGUUAAUACCCAUCCAAAUAAAAACAAGAAUGGAACAAACAUGACCACACACUCCUCUUUUAGUGUUAUUAUUUCUUUUUUCCCCCUCUUUCUCACUUUGU